ACGACGCAAAGAUGUCGAAACGAAUUGCAGAUUCUCUGAUGAAGAGAACCACAUACUCUUCAGCAGCCAACAUCUUGGCUAAUGAUGUAAUGGGUGUCGAUGCACGCUCACACGGUCAAUCGGACUUCUCCCUGGCGAAGCCCUACAGUGACGUUCCAGGACCCAAAGAGCUCCCCUUCAUUGGCAAUUCAUGGAGAUUCCUCCCAAUUAUCGGCCAGCAUCGCAUUCAGGAUUUGGACAAAUUAAUGCUAACACUUCACGAGCAAUAUGGAAAAAUCGCCAAAGUCGGUGGUCUUAUCGGUCAUCCAGAUCUACUCUUCGUAUCAGACGGCGAUGAAAUCCGUAAUGUCUUCCGUCGUGAGGAAGUUCUGCCGCACAGACCAUCGAUGCCCUCUCUGCAUCAUUACAAGGCGCACUUGCGACACAAUUUCUUCGGCGAAACAGCAGGAUUGAUUGGAGUACACGGUGAACGAUGGGAUAAAUUUCGUGCACAAGUUCAGCAUGUGAUGCUCCAACCGACCACAGCUCGCAAGUACAUAGCGCCACUUAAUGAAAUUGCUAGUGAUUUUAUGGAGAGAAUCCAUGAAAUGCGAGAUGACAACAACGAAUUACCAGGAGAUUUUCUCCAUGAACUCUACAAGUGGGCUUUAGAAUCUAUUGGGCGAGUAUCUCUGGACACACGCCUCGGUUGUGUGACUGGAGAUGGUAAUCUUGAGUCAAAGAGAAUAAUUGAGGCAAUUAACACCUUCUUCUGGACGGUUGCCGAGGUGGAAUUGCGAAUGCCAAUUUGGCGGAUUUACAAAACAAAAGCCUACAAACGAUACAUUGGGGCUUUGGAUACAUUUACAGAACUCUGCAUGGAAAAUAUCAAUCGUGCAAUGGAGAAAAUAGCACAAGAUCCAACUGUGAAGAGUGAGGAGAACAUUUCCUUACUCGAAAGGAUCGUCGAGAAGACAGGCAAUCCGAAGAUUGCAGCAAUUCUCGCGAUGGAUCUGUUCCUUGUGGGCGUUGACACGACAUCAGUGGCCGUCACAUCCACAAUCUAUCAACUGAGUCAGAACCCAGAGAAGCAAGAAAUCCUCCUUAGGGAGUUGGAAAGAGUGCUACCAAAGAAAACAUCACCAGUUGAUAUACAAACACUUGAGAAGAUGCCCUACUUGAGAGCGUGCAUCAAAGAGACCCUGAGAAUGUAUCCCGUAACCAUUGCAAAUGGACGAAGUUUGCAAUCGGACGCCAUCAUAAGCGGCUACCACAUUCCGAAAGGAACCCAUGUUAUAUUCUCCCAUUUGGCAGCAUCGAACUCUGAGGAAUACUUUCCAGAGCCACACCGCUUCAUCCCCGAGCGCUGGAUAAAGCGCGGCGAAAUGGAGGUUUCCUGUCCGCACGCCGGUCAAUCAAUUCACCCAUUUGUGAGUUUGCCCUUUGGAUAUGGGCGUCGAAUGUGCAUCGGGCGACGCUUUGCCGAAGCUGAAUUGCAAAUACUGCUCUCAAAACUCUUUCGAAAGUAUCAAGUGGAAUACAAUUACGGAAAAUUAACAUAUAAAGUCAUGCCAACGUACUAUCCAGAGCAGGAAUUGAAAUUCAAAUUGACAGAACGUCUCAAUUAGGAUCGCUUUCAUUUGAUUAUCCAUCAAUUUAAGUUGCUCUUAGUUUGUCUAUUCCAAAUUAUCUCUAUAUUGAUGGAUAAUAAUGAGACUCUACAAAUCGUUCUUAGGCUAUAUUAGGCUACUCGUCUGUGCACAAAGCACCCACAAUUGGCAAUGAGGAGAAUUUCGCUUAUAAAUAAAAUGAUCA